AGCGACCAGUUCUGCUUCCUCGUUCGGCCACGGAUCAAGACGAUGAGGUACAUCGCUGAUAUUGUCAAUGCUGACAAGAUGUCGGGGAGGAACAGGAAGUACAAGAUUAUCUUCAGCCCCCAAAAGUUUUAUGCUUGCGAGAUGGUGCUGGAGGAAGAGGGAGUCUUUGGUGAUGUCACCUGCGAUGAAUGGUCCUUCUACCUGCUCCCCCUGGACGAAGACAUCAUCAGCAUGGAGCUGCCCGAAUUCUUUCGCGACUACUUCUUGGAGGGAGAUCACCGCUGGAUCAAUUCCGUCGCUCGAGCCCUGCAGUUACUGAACUCCCUGUACGGGCCUUUCGGCAAGGCCUACGGGAUCACGCUCUGCCUGUCACAGAUGAGCUACGAGCUGUGGCGGGAUCUGGAGGAGGCGAGCGAGGGCGAUGGCCAGGGCAGGAAGCCUGAGAUUGGCAACAUCUUCCUCAUGGACAGAGACACAGACUACGUGACGGCGCUGUGCUCCCAGGUGGUGUACGAGGGGCUGGUGGACGACACGUUCCGCAUCAAGUGCGGGAGCGUGGAUUUUGGGCCAGACGUCACCUCUUCUGACAAGAGUAUUAAGGUGCUGCUCAAUGCCCAGGACAAAGUCUUCAGCCAGAUUCGGAACGAGCACUUCUCCAGCGUGUUUGGCUUCCUGAGCCAGAAGUCGCGUAACCUGCAGGCACAGUAUGACCGGCGCCGCAGCAUGGACAUCAAGCAGAUGAAGAACUUUGUCUCCCAGGAACUGAAGGGACUAAAGCAAGAGCAUCGCCUGCUGAGCCUGCAUAUUGGUGCCUGCGAGUCCAUCAUGAAAAAGAAAACCAAGCAGGACUUCCAGGAGAUGAUCAAGGCUGAACAUUCUCUACUGGAGGGCUUCGACAUCCGUGAGAGCACCAGCUUCAUAGAGGAGCACAUUGACCGGCAGGUGUCCCCCAUCGAGAGCCUGCGCCUGAUGUGCCUCCUGUCCAUCACGGAGAACGGUCUCAUCCCCAAAGACUACCGCUCCCUGAAAACCCAGUACCUGCAGAGCUAUGGGCCUGAGCACUUGCUGACCUUCCACAACCUCAAACGCAUCGGGCUGCUGACCGAGCAGUCGGCUGGAGAGACCCUGACUGCUGUGGAGAGCAAAGUCAGCAAGCUGGUGACGGACCGUGCUGCAGGAAAGAUCACAGAUGCAUUUAAUUCUUUGGCCAGGAAGAGCAAUUUUCGAGCCAUAAGCAAGAAGCUGGGGUUGAUCCCCCGGGUGGACGGAGAGUAUGACCUGAAAAUGCCUCGGGACAUGGCUUACGUUUUCAGCGGAGCCUACGUCCCCCUGAGCUGCAAGAUCAUUGAGCAGGUGCUGGAGCGCCGGGGCUGGCUGGGCCUGGAGGAGGUCGUGCGGCUGCUCAACGGCAACGAGUUUUCCGUCUCAGGUAGCGCCGGUGCCGGGCUGGGGGCGGGCGGGCCUGGGAGUCUCCUGGACAUGAUGGUCGCAGAGGAGGAGAGCCUGAAGGAGCGCCUCUUAAAGAGCAUUGCCCUGUGUCGGAAGGAGCUUGACACCCUCUGCAGGGAGCUCCAGCUGGACCCCUGUGAGGCAGAGGAAGAAAGUACCAUUCUGCAGAUGGAAAAGAAUUUGCGCACCCGUGUGGAAGUGAUGUUAAAGCAGAAAAGGGACAGGAAGCAGGAGCUGAAAACCCUGCAAGAACAAGAUCGAGACUUGUGCGACAUCCUCUGCACAACCCCGUUCUGCAUCGACAGCAAUGCCGUGCCCAGCCUGGAGGACCUGGAUCGUUACAGGCGCCACUUGGCCUCCCUGACCGCCGAGAAGGAGCAAAGGCGAGAAGAGUUUGUCAGCAACAAGCGGCAAAUCAUCCUCCUCAUGGAGGAGCUGGACCACACUCCAGACACAAGCUUUGAGCGGGACGUGGUGUGCGAGGACGAGGAAGCCUUCUGUUUGUCCACGGACAAUAUUGCUGCCCUCCAGAAUCUGCUGCAGCAGCUGGAAGCCCGGCGAUCCCUGAAUGAAGCUGUGUGCACAGAGCUGCGCUCCAGAAUCGUUGCACUUUGGGAAAGGCUGCAGGUUCCUGUGGAGGAGAGAGAGUCUUCUGCAGUGCAUGUGACUGGGGCCAGAGCCAAAACCAGGAAAGCUCUGCAGUUGGAAGUGGACCAUCUGGAGGAGCUGAAGCUGCAGAACAUGAAAUCUGUGAUUCAGGCAAUCCGGGCAGAGCUGGCUGACUACUGGGACAAAUGCUUCUACAGUCAGGAGCAGAGGGAAGGCUUCAGCCCCUAUUACGAUGAGGACUAUACAGAGACCCUGCUCGAGCUCCAUGAUGCUGAGGUGGGGAAGAUGAAGAGCUACUACGAAACGCACAAAGAUCUGUUUGAGGCUGUCCGGAAAUGGGAGGAGAACUGGAAGCUGUUCCUGGAGCUGGAGAGGAAAGCAACUGACCCCAGUCGCUUCGCCAACCGUGGGGGGAAUCUGCUGAAAGAAGAGAAGCAGCGAGCAAAGCUGCAGAAGACGCUUUCCAAGCUGCAGGAGGAGCUGGAGAGCAGGGUCCAGGCCUGGGAGCAGGAGCACGAGGGGAUUUUCCUGGUGAAGGGGCAGCAGUUCAUGGAGUAUGUGAUGGAGCAGUGGCAGCUGUACCGCCUGGAGAAAGAGAAGGAGAAACAGGAGCGGCACCUGAAGAAAAGCCGCCAGAUUGAGACAGAGAUGAUGUAUGGAAGCACCCCGCGGACACCCAUAAAGCGGCGAGUGCUUGGCCCCCACACACCUGGCAAAGUAAGGAAGCUCAACGGCACUUCCAUCUCCAGUGCCACACCCAACAGCACUGUUCGUUCUGCUUUUGGGGGAACCAUCUACCACUCGCCAACGUCUCGGUUGCCACCUUCCGGAGGGAAGUUUGGCCAGGCUCGGACCCCAAGCCGCGUGGCUGCGAAGCCCCCCCGUCCCGGACACAGGGAGCGGAACAAGGAGAACGUGUCCCAGCUGAAUGGAACCACCCUGAGCGGUGGGUGCACCCCCACAGCCCCUGUCCAGCGUAACCACAGCGUUAAUUCUGUUGCCAGCACCUAUUCUGAGUUUGCGCGCGAACUUUCAAAGGCUUCCAGGUCUGACAGUAGCUCCCGUGUCCUGAACUCCACCACCACCACUGCCUUCUGCUGA